AAGGAUUCUUUGAGAUUUGGAAGCUUCUGGGUAAUCAUGACGCCGGUGCACUACCAGUUGUCGGCUUGUGGCCAGCCUCUUAUGGUCCCCGCGCCAUUCUUGGCAGAUACGCCAGAAGUGGCAAAUCUUCUUCAUGGCGAGAAAAAUUCCCGCAGUUCUGAAGAGCAGGAGAGAGUCGGAUGUUCUUCCGAGGGAUCCUCUGAGCCGGAGCAUGAUUCUGCAGAUGCUCCACCUCAAAUGGAGGCAACUGUGAGCCGCAUGACAUCAGCUCCAUCCGAGGCCUUUGCCAUUCGACAAAAGCCUGGCUUUCAUCGCACAACGUUGUGCCCCUACUACGAGUCCCAGCCGGUGUCAAACAUUGUUUUAGGCCUUGCCUCAGGAUCCUCUGGUUAUGCACGGCGCGCGCUUCAAUUGCGUUGUGCUGAACUAGUCGAGACGGAAGCGGGGGCCUUCUUUUUGAUGCCAAACCCGAAAUAUCACUGGACACCAGAGGCUGCUUUCAAUCGUGAGCGCAAGGCAAGAUUUGUGGCUUGGUGGAUUCAACCAGACU